AUGAGCGUAAGAACAUACAAUCCUUCAGUACUGAUUGGUAAUUGGAAUGAAGAUAUAUGCUUGGAGGAGGUAAGGCCGCUUUGAAGAUUUUGUUGAGAAGAAAGUUUAUUAGGUGAGAUUAAUGUGCGAUAAAAUGGUUUUUCUGUUGUUUUUCUUUAUUCCCUUUUAGGACAAACUCAAAGAUUUUCUUGACAAAAAAGAAAGAGGAGAGCUACUGAUUCAAAAAGCCAGCAACCUGUUACAAAGUAUAUUGAAAAAGGUCGGAGUUUGAUUCCACAAUGUAGACACAAGCUACAAGUUUAAGUUCGCUGUUGCUAUUAUGUAAACGGUAGCUAGAGUUUAUAUUUAGCUAUAACUCAGGCUCACAGUGAGUAAUCAGGCAAAAGCAUGUUAUUCAAAGAUUCCUUUUGUCUUUUGUAACACCCUGGAGAGGUUAAAAAGAUAAACAGAUAAAUGGAGAUCACAGUCUGACAGAUGUUGCAAGCAGUUCAAUACAUUCAUGUCUUCCAUUCCAACUCUCAAUUCAAUACUAAUUAUAUAUUUAAAACUACUCAAACACCAUAAUUUGAUUUCUUAUUUUUCCAAUUUUCCUAGAUCUGUCUUGGUUUACUAGUAUGCUUAGUUUACUGUGGUUCCAUCAAGGCCCAGGGCGGGAAUUUUUUCAGCCAGUUUUGUUUGCAAAGGCAUGAGUACAAUGAUGUUUCCAGAGAUUAGAUCCUGGCAAAUAGUAAGGGGGGCAAUGGAGGUUGUGCAGAUAUGCUGGACCUAGAAUCUUCUUAAGGUGAUUCGCUGGUUCUGCACUACGCAUCUCUUACUGUGCAUAACAAGAUGGCUGCCAUGACAAAUAGCAUCUGAAAUAACAUUAUUCAAAUGAAGUUGACUGAACAGAAAAUGCUGGACUAUCUGUUUUUAAAUGUCUGUGCUUUUAGUUUCAAAUUACAUUCACCAGUUGUGGAAAUCACUCAUCAAGCAUUGUGAAUAUAGUAAAUCACAUACCACCCUGCUUAUGCCUAAUCAUGCCUCAUGCAGCUAAUUUGGGCCUAUCAUGCGUCACACCAAUAAUUCAGUACCCAUCACGCAUCAUGGAAAACCCAACUUUGCCAACAGGAAUAUACAGAGAUAAAACGGUAGUAAUUAGCAGGUUACUCAGGAGAUGUGUGACAUUUCUGAUAGCCCAGGGAUGGCCCUGGAAAUGCCCAAUCCUGGGAGUACUUCCAUAUAUUGGCUAGAUAGGUAUAUUCCUUAGAGUAUUAGGAAAGUGAUUUAUUUUAAGGUUUGUGUGUUGUUUUGUUUUGUUUUCCCUUGAAUAGGGUGUCAUUUUUUGGGUUUGAGCCUUAGAAUUAAUUACAGUGUCAAUUUUUGUUUGUCUUAUCCUUAAAUAGGGUCAGGGUUUAAGACCCUGGGUGGCACACACCUAUCCCCCCCUCACUGGGUGCCAACCAUCCCUCCCUGGAGCAAAAGACAUUGAUAGGGUCAUUAGGAAUUGCUUUUGAAUUAAAUUGGUGUUUAAAAACAAAAAUCCUGUAUUGUGGCAUUAACAAAAUCAAAUAAACGCAGGGCCUGGGUGGACUCACUUAAAUUUCCAUGGGAGCACAACCAUGGGAGCAAUUGCCACCAGUUCAAACCAGUUCACUGAGACUGGAUUGACCUGUUCCAUUGGACAUUUAGAUUGAGAUUUAACUCAGGGCUUCGUGGGAAGCAAAAUUUUUACUCAAUACGAGGAUUUGUCAUGUUUCUACAGGUCAGUCUAUCAGUGUCUCAUGAUGGCUACCUCCAUUUUGGAGACAUAGUUUGCUUAUACAAUCCGUCAACAGAAUCCACCCUUUCUGCAAAUAUGGCAGAGAGCAAAAUGCAUGAUGAGAAGAAAUUGGUUGGACCCUGUGAUGUCUCUGCAUCCAAAUCAACUGAUCCUUGUAUUCGAAAUACAUUUGUGAUACUUGGAUGUAUGUAAGUAACCAGUCUGCAGUAUACCGUUAUUAUGUCUAAUAGUCAGGGCUUCUGAUAGGUAGCAGAAAAUAAGUCAAAUUUCGUGGGAUUUUCAGGGACAGAUUCACAGAAAAAUCGGCCAAUUUCGAUAAAAUUUCGUGGAAAUUUUCAGGGCUAACUUCGCCAAAAAACAAUCAGUAAAAAACGGCCGAUUUCGUGGGAAUUUUCUGGGCAAAUCUCUCUAGAUAUCGAUUGAUUAUUGCGCUGAUUUGAGGAACGUGUUCAAUGUUUUUAAUAGAGACACUCAUUUGCUAUUUUAACAACAAAGUGCUCAAGAACUGAGCCAAUUGCAAAACUUUUAACAUCAUGACUAGUGCACAGUUUUUCGCAACGUAAUUUAGGUCCUGUAGUUUUGGGACGUUGUUUGCUUGUGGUGGUGAUGAUGAGCCAAAAUGUAUGGAAAGAACUCAGGUUUUCUAAAAAGCAACAAAGGACUGCUACGCACUUCAGAUUUAGUGUGUACUUUCUUUAAGCUCAUUAGUUACAUUUUUCAAAGAGAACAUGACAAAUAUAUUCAAUUAGCAAGAAUUAAAUGACUUUAUAUUCUCAUACGAACUUUUGAUUUUUCCACCAUCUUGUCUUGAUUACCCAGUAUCCCCUCACAACCGUAAAGGGGUCUAUUUGCAAGUUUAUAGCAAUUAAAGAGCCCCAGUGAAUAGCCGAGAUAAGUUUGAAAUAUGUCGUAUCAACAUGUAUUUGAUAAGAUUUCUAGCGAAUUUCAAGGUAUUUUGAGGGUUUUUGUGAAUUUUGCGGGAUUUCGCGGAUUUACCAGAAUUUUGCGGCUCUAAGACCAUGCAAAAUAUCCCAGUAAGAGGCUGAACUAAAGCUUUUAGAGAACUUACAGGUACUCACCGGAUAACAAUAGCUAACAAUGAACAUAAUAAGAAGAAAGUAUCGACUUGCAAUUUAAGGAAUCGAACAAGUCAGUAUCCAAAAGUUAAUACAGAUAGAUUCAAGAACUCUUACAUUAAUAGCUUAAUUUUUAAUUAUGAUUUAGCUAUGUGAGCGUAUUUUUUUUUUUUUUUUAUUGUAAACAACUUAGAUGUAUAUACUUUUACUCAAAUAUUGUAACAUAAGAUAUGUAUUUUUUAUCUUGUGUGGAAAUAAAGACUAUUAUUAUUAUUAUUAUUAUUAUUAUAAUAUUAGUCUGCACUGAUGGUACCAUCUUUUUGUUUUGUUUUGUUUUUGUUUGUUCCUUUUUUUGACCAGGCCUAGGGAUAAAGGCGAGGUGUUAAGAUAUAAUGAACCAUUCAUCCUAAGCACGCUGCCUGCAGUUGGGGGAGAUGUAAGAGUUUCUUAGUUUUAAUGUACUCUAAUCAGGGUCGGCCAGAGGGGGUAGUGGUAUACCAGUAUACCCGAAAAAAAAUUCGUCAAAAUACCCAAAAACACCCAAAAUUCAUCCAAGUACACCCAAAGUUAUCCCCAGGUAUACUUUAUACCUGAAAUUCAAAGAAAGUGAUAAACCGAAUACCUGUAUUAAAGCUGCAAUAUACCGUAUACCCAAUUUAAAAAGCCCCUGUGUACCGUAUACCCAAAAACCCUGGCCGACCCUGUCUAAUAAUACCUAUUUAAAACCGUUGGACCAAUUUCAAUGGUUUCUUUUUUUUUUUUCUUUCUCGCCUUAACGUGGCACUACCCUGUAUCCUUAAAAGUGCUGGACCAAUUUCAAUGGUUUCUUUUUUUUUUUCUUUCUCACCUUAACAUGGCACUACCCUGUAUCCUUCAGUGCCGGAUCCAGAUCCUGAUCCUUGACAUAAGGGGGGCCCCGGUCAUCCAUACCCUUAGAUAAGGGGGGGGGGGCUCAGUUUGGUCUAAAAAUAAGGGGGGUGGGGCCCUCCCCUGGAUCCGCCAAUGUCCUUAUAGUAUUCUUUUCACUUUGCAGCUCAAGUUAAAGAGUGACAGAACAUCAUUUAACGAAUGUGCAAAGAAGUCAAGACAGCAAUUAGUGACUCUUGUUGAUAAUGCGACUUUCAUGUGUCAUUGGUGAGAACACGUGGGAGUUGUCUCUUUUUAAUAUAGUUUUCCCAGAUAUAGUUAAAGUAAGGGCGAAAAUUGUUUGCAGCGCAGCGCAUCUUCUUGCGAUGAUUUUGCACGCGCAUGCCUUAUUUGCUCACUUUACUCAAUUAGAGACCUUUCAUAGUCAAGGGCAACCAAAGACUGUUUUCUGUAAAAUAUCUGUUUGGAGAGGCAAAUAUCGCCAAGAAUUUUCUGUUACUUGAGGACAGCUAAAAAUUUCUAGAUGACUGUUCCAUUCAUGUACAAUUUUCCUAAGAUUUUCAAUUUUUUCCAAAAAAAAAAAGUUUUGAAAGUAAAAAGGUAAAAAUUUUUUCAAAUUUCCCUCCCCAGAUAAGGCUAUUUUUCGUACAAAAUAGGAAACCUAGUCUAAAAUUUUCGGAUUCAAAAAUGUGAUGGAGAGAGGAAUCAAAAAAAUUCUCACUUUCGUACUAUGUUAAAAUGCAUCUAAAAUUUCGGGAAAAUAAUACUCAAGCCCUUGCAAUUUCAAAAAGAUUCAAGUUCUCCUAGGAUGACCGAAAAGAUACAAAUUUGAUAGCGCCGCUUAGAGAUCUAAAAGCACUCUGGAAAGCCUAAAAAGUCUUUUCAAUGUAUUUAGGACGAAACCGGCGUUGUGGGGUGCCCCUGCAUAGUUAACCACUACACAGACGUUGUUUUCUGUUUUUGUCUUUUGAAGUCACUAAAUCCCCCGCGGUUUCUAUUUUCACACGCGCGCUUGACGAUCUCUAGCCUGCAUAACAGGCGCUAUUUUUUCGCGUUUUUCAGGAGAGCGAAGGCAAAAGCGAAGCGAUCGAGGGGCACCAGGCACGUGUCGUUUACCUUCGUUCUCCUAAAAUACGAGAAAAAAUAACGCCUAUUUUGCAGGCUAGACGAUCUCUAAAAAGAAAAUAGAGGGUCUGUGAACAGGCUAUCUCAUAGUCUACCCCAUCCUUGAAAGGCCCCUGUGCUCUCGCCAGAGUGUAUUAAAAGACCUUUUUUCAUAAAGUCGUAUAGGCAGAUGAGCAAAAAAAAAUUACAGUAAUUGGAGCAAAUGAAUGAAGACAGUAUCUACUAAGGAGAACUACAAAAGCCAAAACAUUUUUAAAAAAGUAAGUAGCCGAUGUCAAGCUUGGAAAACACAUGCCAACUGCUGAAAGAGUUUUAGUGUCAGCUCUAACACGGAUCCAUUUGGCUGAAUUACUAGCGGCGAGAGAUUUUUUCAGCCAAUCGCAGCACUCGGCAUGUAGCAAUGAGAACCCAAAACAAUUACGAAAUUUUGUUCCACUGUAAUUCAAAAGCUGCUAAAAUUAUCAGUUUGCUCGAGAUCAAUAAUCAAGCAUGCAAAAUUUCACCCUGAUGCAGGACAACGAUCUUCGAAAUGACUUUAAACUGGUAACUGCAGAAAUAAGAGAAAAAGAGAAAAAAUAAAUACCACUCACUAUGCAUUGUCUUUUCAGGAAAAUUCUUUGUUUCAAUCCACAAGAUCGCCCAGAGACAGAGGGAAUGCCAGUCCCGGUAAGAUUUCGAUUUCAGUUAACGUGCUAAGUCAGUUCUUCAACUUCUUUAACCAGAUCAAUGGUUAAACAAAGGAGGUAUACAUAUGUGUAUCGGACUUUUAUGUAUAAUAGCUGAAAGAACGAGGUAAAUACAUCUGUAGCGUUUGUUUCGUUUCUUAAGCUAAACUACUUAAACGUUGGCGAACAACGUUGUUAAACCGGACGGUUAAGAAAUUAAGCAAACGCAAAACGACAAGUCACUAAGAUUUGGAUUUCAGGUAGGAGUCCCAGGUAGAAAGGAAUCUCGCCAAAUUUAACCAACUGUUAAGUUCAACUCGUAAUACGAUUACAUUUGUUCGGUUGAAGACGCAAAAUACAUCCAUUCACUUUACCAUCUGAAAACCUGGACAGUGAAGCCCACUGCCUUGUUUACAUGUAUAAGGCCACCAUGGUCAUUGUAAAUUAAGUGUAUAACAAGAAAACGAUUCACGUUAUUCGUUUCUAAGGGUUGCGGAGAUGUAGAUGACUGAGUAGCAUGCCUAUAUUAAGUUAUAGAACGCCAAACUAUGUGAUGGUGGUCCAUGGGUUGGUUACUACAAGGGCGAGUGACGAGUGAAGCGAACCGCGCGAGGGGCGAAGCUCGCGCGUGAACUCUCACGAUAUCCCCUUGCUCGCAGGCUAUGGGGCCGUACACAAGCAUAUACAUUAGGGCCGUUUAUACGAGAGAAUAACAGGUUAUCAUAGUCACGAGCCCAUGACCCCUGCUGAUGGCUGGAAUUUAUUUUUCUUCUGUUUUUUCUCCUGGUAGGCAAACACGAAAAUCAUCCUAAAUCACGUCAAAACCAAUCAGAAUCUUGCAGCCUUGCCGGAGUAUUCAUUUAGGUAUGUAACAGCACAGGCAGCCCAAGUUCAGCAUGAGAGUUAAUCAUUGAUACGGCCAUUUGAGGAAUACGCAGCGCAAUAUGGUACCACACGUAUUACCGUCGGUUGCAUCUAAGCAUGUACACGUGAGGAAAAAACAUGUUCUAAUUGGGUGCAAACAUAACAUGUUUUGCCGCCAAACAUUCGAAGUAUGGAGUAGGUGGCUGUUGUCGACUUGAUUUGUUUUCGCUCAACCAAAUCUUCUUUCCAAGAAUUUUUUGACGUUAAGAAUAAUUUCUGGAGUCAAGUGUAUUGUUUCUGAGCGAGAAAUAUGCCUGAAAGUUGAGAAAAAUGAAAUAUUACCGAAACGCAUCAAAAACAUAUAAACAACUUACCUUUGGCGCGACAGUUUGCUUUAACGGCUGUCAACUUCAAAUGUUCGGCGGCUGAACAAGUCAUGUCUGGCACCCUAUUAGAACACGUCUUUUUUGUCUCGUGUCCACGCUUAGAUGUAACCGACGGUAAUGUUUAAACUCUCAUACUGAGCUUGGGCUCCCUGUGGUAAGAGAACUUUGGCAUUGCAGAUCGAUCUCUGCUUUGUAACAGAAAAAAGGACAUACUGAAAAAAAAAUAAGUGAUUGCUACGUUGCUAGUUCUUUGCAGCAAGCUUUAAAGUGUUUUGUGCAAAUUAACACUUACUGUUACACAUCUUCAUUUUUUUAGUUUCGUUUUCUUUAGUUUUUUUCUUUCCAGGUUUCAGUGGCUCAUGCUGAUACCUGCUUUUCCUGCAUAGUCAAGAACCAGACAAAAGCAUUUUUCAGAAAACACUCACCUACCCCAGCUGAAUUGUCUAUGAGUUGAAUUGGCCAUGUUUGUAGGGGAUUGUGUCCAGUUUACAUACUGAAAGAAAAAUUAAACUUCCUGCUUUCACCUUCUCUACCAAACCGUCAAUUUAAUCACGCCCUCAGUUUCCAAAAGGCUACCAAACUUGUCUCUUUUUCGUUGUUUGUGCCAGCCUGGUCUCUACGCGUUUUGGAUCGGUCAAACGUGGACCCUACUGUGAGCCGUGACGUCACCGAAAAGCCGCCGGAACGUCCCCUUUCUCGAGUUGCGCCCGUGAACGACGGGGCAAGAGAGAACGCUUUGGGACCAGGCUAGUUUUGUGCCUGUUCUUGGGGUUUCUUAGACCCCACAAUCUCUGACCUGACCCUUAUUUAUUUUAGAACGCCGUUUGGACGAGAGUGUGAAGUUGUAGCCAAAACAGAAGUGGAUUCGCAUAAAGCAGAGACGCCAAGCAAUCAUUGGGUUUUUCUGACACGAGAGGUGAAAGACGCGGCGAGAGAGCACGAGCUGGAGCGGGAACAGGAAUUCAAGGAUCUAUUAACAAGGCAACAAGCCGCUGAAGCUGAAGGAGCCCCUCCUAAAGAGGGUAUACCCGGUGGAUCUGAAGAGACUCAGUCCGGGGGGAGCGGACAGCCUGCUCAAUAGCACCUCACCCUACCCUUGUUAUUCUAGUUUUAAUCCCCUCACAUUAAUCAAUCAUCCUUUGUUAAUUUUAAAAAGAUUUGGUUUAGUCUUUUUCCCUUAGUUAUAAUUCCAUUCUGCUUAAUGAACUCGCUCUUUGCUGUUUUAUUUAUAAUAGUUGUGACUUGCGAUCAAUUUGUAACUCAUUGUAUUUUCACUCUAGCUGUAAAUAAUCUCAAAACUCAUGCUCUGUUAAUAGUUGAAAGUAAAUAAAAAGGCCAUUGCCGAGUUUCCCCGGGCCUCAGUAUCAAAACGAGGUUAAGUGCUCAACCUUCCAAAUGGAAAGGAUUUUUCAUUCUCAUGCAAAUAAAACUCAUUUUCACAAGAAAGGUUGUGCACCUAGCCUCAUUUUGAAAGUGAGGGUUAGUGGCCUAUUAUGUUUUUGGUGCAACCGUGUUUACGUUGCCGAUAUCUAACACACCUAAUACCGACUAAUACUACAGUAACUAAGCGAUUAUUUUUCCCCCUAAUUCUUAUCCUCUGGAUAAGGAUUUAUCCGGUGGAUAACUUUAUCAGAGCUGCUGCAGUGAGUCUGCAGUGCGCGGUCAAAACGUCGCGACGGAUAAAUACAAUGUAUCUAAGGGUUGAUUUCCACUGUCGCGUAAUUUUUCCGUGCGAAUGCACUUAAAAGUUACGUGCUUAAAUGAAAUAGGGACAAUGUAUGAAAGGCCACGCGUAAACGUAAAAGUUGAGGGUGGUUCAACUUUUACGUACACGCGUGACGUUCGUGACUACCGUGAGACAAACGACAAACGAAACUAUUAACCCUUAUACACAUGCCACGAUAAAUAAUAUGUGUCAUGAUAGAAGUAUAUUAUGUUUUCUCUAAUGUUCCCC